GCGCCAUUAUUACGAGAGAAGCACUCUGAGAAAUAGAGAGAGAGGGCAGCGUUCGCCUUUGUCUGGCCUUUCUGAACGUUCCAAUUCUCUCUCCUGUAGCGAGAAGUGUGGUCGAAUUUUCUCGCAUUUUCUAGCACUAUUCUCUCCGCUUGCUCCACGACUUUCUGGGUUUCGAGUCCCAGGCUUUAGUUCGGAGAUUUUUCAACCGUUUUAAUUUUCUCGUUUCUCCCGUUUCUUCAGGUUUCUCAGCAACCAAACGGAGUGUUUUACGCCUGUUCAAGGUGAUCCGGGGUCUGGUCUCCAGAGAGAGAGAAAGAGAGAGAGAGAGAGUAUUUUCUUCUCUUUUCCUCAGAUUUCUCAGCAUCUGAACAGGGGUAGCAUUUGCCAAAUUGUUUGUGUGUGUGUGAGAGAGAGAGAGAGAGAGAGAGAGAGAGAGAGAGAGAGAGAGAGAGGUUGUUGGGAAAAGUGUGGAACCUGUGAACUCUGAUGGCGAGGUACGGAGCGAAAAGUUCGGUUGCUUUGAGAUGGGUGUCGACGAUUUCUUCUGCCUUUUUCUUAGCCUCAAUGCUUGUUUCUGCUGAGCGGAAGCUGAACCCUGAAGCUUCAAGCUUUAGCGAAACGGAGGAACCUGAAACUCACUACCUUCUGAAAGUUGUAAACUUCUUAUGGCAAUCGAAUCGUUCGGGCUAUCAACAUGUUUGGCCGGAUUUGAAAUUUGGAUGGCAAAUUGUUCUUGGAAGCAUAAUUGGAUUCUUUGGAGCAGCAUUUGGGAGUGUCGGUGGUGUUGGCGGCGGUGGCAUUUUUGUUCCUAUGCUUAGCCUAGUAAUUGGGUUUGAUCCGAAAUCAGCAACAGCUAUAUCCAAAUGUAUGAUCAUGGGCGCAGCAGUUUCAACUGUUUACUAUAACCUCCGGCUAAGGCAUCCGACAAUUGAUAUUCCCAUCAUUGACUAUGAUUUGGCAUUGCUUAUCCAACCUAUGCUCAUGAUGGGGAUUAGUAUCGGAGUUGCUUUUAAUGUUAUUUUUGCUGACUGGAUGGUCACAGUCCUGCUAAUCGUUCUCUUCAUUGGCACAUCGACAAAGGCAUUCUUCAAGGGUGUUGAAUCAUGGAAAAAAGAAACCAUACUGAAAAAGGAGGCUGCUAAAAAUUUGGUGACAAAUGGUAAUGGUAAUGAACAUGUGGAAUACAAGCCUCUUCCUGGUGCCCCAACUAAUGACUCUAAAAAGGAGGCCAAGGAAGAAGCAGAGGUCGGCAUACUUGAAAAUGUUUACUGGAAGGAAUUUGGGCUUCUUGUUUUCGUUUGGGUUGCGUAUCUUGCUCUUCAGAUUGCUAAGAAUAAUACAGCUACUUGUUCAACAGCAUAUUGGGUAUGGAACCUGUUGCAGAUCCCAGUUUCUCUUGGGGUGUCUGGUUAUGAGGCAGUUAGCUUGUACAAGGGACGAAGAGUAAUUGCAUCUAAGGGAGAUGCAGGCACAAAUUUUAAGGUGCACCAGCUGGUUCUCUAUUGCUUCUUCGGUGUAUUGGCUGGCAUUGUUGGUGGGCUGCUUGGUUUGGGUGGAGGAUUUAUUAUGGGUCCCCUAUUUUUGGAGCUAGGAAUCCCCCCUCAGGUUUCAAGUGCCACAGCCACUUUUGCAAUGACUUUCUCCUCAUCCAUGUCUGUUGUAGAAUAUUACCUCAUAAAACGUUUUCCAGUUCCUUAUGCUCUCUACUUUGUUGCAGUGGCAACUGUUGCAGCUUUUGUUGGCCAACAUAUCGUGAGAAGGCUGAUCAUCAUAAUGGGAAGAGCAUCCCUGAUAAUUUUCAUUCUAGCCUUCACAAUUUUUGUGAGUGCAAUAUCUCUAGGUGGGGUUGGCAUAUCAAAUAUGAUUGGGAAGAUCGAACAGAAUGAGUACAUGGGAUUUGAGAAUCUUUGCAAGUAUGAUGGCUAAUAUGUUUAUCAUUUUCCUUUUUUUAGUGUGAAAUUUUUUUGAGAGGCACCAAAUCCGUGCACCCAGGCUAUGGAUUGGCGUAAUGCUGUGUACCAAUUCUUGGUUUGAUAGGAUAACUAUAAACUAUUGCUUCCUAGCAAUUUUAUCAAACUAAAAACACUUAAAGUACUUUGUGAGAUAUCUUUUCUUUAUUUGAUUAGUGAGAUGAUGGAAGAAGAAGCGAAGGUUUUAAAUUAGAAUUAGUUGUUUUGUGGAUCCAAAUUUCUUUGUUUUCCUAUUGGUAAGUCAAUGGAUUCUAGAGGAGAACAUUCUCUCUCUACCAGAA